GUUAAAUCAAAAGUGGGAGGAGCACAAGACGAGGAGAUAUAAAAAAGGAGCAAAACUGAGAAUAGCAGCAACCAAAUAAAGCCAAAAGAAUUGCUACUGAAUGAUCAUGGCUGAGUACAAGCUGGAAGUGACAACAGGUAACAUGACAAAUGCAGGAACAUUGGACUACAUACAUGUUACCUUAAUUGGAACUGAAGGGAAGAGUGAGCGAACCGAGUUGGACAACUUUGGUGUAGAUUUUAAAAGUGGUACGACAGCGAUUUACACUGUGAAAACCAGACUGUCUCUGGGGAAACUUCUGCUAAUCAAGGUGGAGAAAGAUGCUUUAUUUUUUCUCCCAGAGGAUGAGUGGUACUGCUCCAAAAUAGUAGUGACGACUCCAGAAGGAGAUGUUAUUCUUUUCCCCUGUUACAGAUGGCUCUCCAGGGGAGAACUGGUGGAGCUGAGAGGAGGAAGAGCCAUAAAGGUUUUUGAGGACGAACAUCCACUGUUGAUUGAGCAUCGGGAAAAAGAGCUGAUACUUAAAAAGAGUUUGUACAAAUGGGAGAUUAUUGAUGAAAUGCUACCACACAUGAGUCAUUUCAAACAAAUGUCUGACCUCCCAGCUGAAGUCUGCUUCUCCAUGUCCAAAUCAAUGGAAAUGAUUUAUACAAAAAGAAUAACUGGUGCUGAACUCAUGUUUAAGGGGCUGGUUGGAUCUACUGAACAAUGGGAGAACACUGAGGACAUCAAAAAAAUCUUCUGGUCCAAAAGGACACCAGUGUCAGAGUUUGUUACAGAACACUGGAAGGAAGACGACUUUUAUGGAUUCCAGUUUCUGAACUCAAUCAACCCCAAUGUGAUCAAGAGGUGCUCUGAGCUUCCCCCAAACUUUCCAGUCACAGGGGAGAUGGUGAAGCCGUUCCUGAAAAAGGGAAGCUCUCUGCAGAAAGAAAUGGAGAAAGGCAAUAUAUUUCUCUGUGACUUCAAGAGGAUGGAUGGACUGCCUGCUAAGGCGUACGAUGGUGAAUCUCCACGUGUGACUGCUGGUCUUUGUUUGUUCUACAUAAACCCAGAGAACAAGUUACUGCCAAUUGCAAUACAGUUGCAUCAAACACCUUCUGAGGAGAAUCCCAUCUUUCUGCCCAGUGACUCGGAGACGGACUGGCUGCUAGCCAAGAUGUUUAUUAAAAAUGCAGAUUUCAUGCUGCAUCAGUCAGUCUAUCACUUCAUGAACACUCACUAUUUGGCAGAAGUCUUUACUGUCGCCACCCUCCGCAGCUUCCCUGUGAUACAUCCCCUCUACAAGCUGUUGGUCCCUCACGUCCGUUACACUCUCCAAAUAAAUACUAUGGCCCGCAAAUCUAUUUUUGCACCUGCCGGGAUUUUAAGUAGAAGUUCACUUGGAUACGAUGGGAUGACAGAGCUCAUGAGAAGGGCUUUCUCGGAACUGACCUACAGCUCCCUCUGCCUGCCGGAUAACAUCACUGCACGAGGGCUGGAGUCGAUCCCCAACUUCUACUACAGAGAUGAUGGCCUGAAGCUGUGGAACAUCAUCAACAGCUUUGUGAAGGCAGUAGUGGAGUACUACUAUCCCUCAGACAGUGAAGUCUGUAAAGACACAGAGCUGCAGGAAUGGAUCAGUGAGAUAUUCACACAUGGCUUCUUAGGACACAAAGCCUCAGGGUUUCCAGCAUGCUUUAAUACUGUUGAGGAAGUGAUCAAGUUCAUCACCAUGGUGAUUUUCACGGUGACAGGUCAACAUGCCGCAGUCAAUAAUGGACAGUUCGACUAUCACUCCUGGGCGCCCAAUGGCUCGCUCCUGCUGCGCAAACCUCCUCCAACCACUAAGGGGCAGUCGAGCAUGAAGACAAUUCUGGAGACCCUCCCAAAUGUUGGACAGACGGUCAGUUUUGCAGCAAUGUCGUGGAUACUUUCAGACGUGUACACUGAUGUGGUUCCCCUGGGUACAUACCCCGAAGAACGAUUUGAUGAGUCUGCCCCUAAGCAGAUAAUUAAGGAAUUUCAAGCAGAGCUGUCCUGCCUCAGUGAAGCAAUUACAGAAAGAAACUCCCAGCUUGAAGUUCCCUACACGUAUCUGAACCCUGCUCAGAUGGAGAACAGUAUAACUAUUUAACUGAAUCCCAUAAAGUCAUUUACUCUUUCUGCAUUAUUAACAAUAUCAAUCCCUUUCUUAACAACCUUCUUGCUUGGGCUGUGUGUUUUACCAACUUUACCAACUUUAACUUUGGUCCAUACAUUAAGUGAGAUGAUAGAGACAGUUAGUGAGGUGUUGCAUGCUGGGGGAAGAAGACUGUCGUAUCAAGCGGGGGUACGGCAGGGCACCUGUAUCGUUGUGUGAAUUAUGUAUUACAUGUUGAGUAAUAACUUAAAUGAGCAGUUUUGGGAAGCAAAUGCUGAAGCACCACUUUGGACUUUGAUGAUAUGUAUGUUUGAGUGAUGACAUAAAAUUAACUGUUUGGUACUCUUUACAGGAAAUUAUCUCACAUGAGACAAGGUACCUCAGCAUUUAUCUGCAAGUAAGACGAAGAAUAUGGGAGCUUAUUUUCUGUUAGAGGAUUUUACAGUUACUGAAGUUCUUUAUAUGUGUGCUGUGUAUUCAAUUUCUUUUUACUUUUUAAUGAUGUGAGUACAGAACAUAGGGUGAAUAUGGUGAUAUAUGACUGCUUAUAUACUUAUUCAGGGUCACUAGUAAGAACUUUUAAUACACUAUCUAUUAAUUUCCUUUGUUUGCAGUUCAAAUAAAAUUGGCAUGUGAAACGACA